AUGCUGUGGAAUUGGUACACGAUAGAUGCUUGCUUCCUCGCAUCGAGCUGGCACGUCACGAGCGCGGGCAUGUUCGCCGCCAGUUGCAUCGGCGUGGCGUUCCUGGUCGUCAGCAUGGAAUUGCUACGCCGGCUCGGAAAGGAAUACGAUGCCCUGAUUCUCCGUCAGUUCCAGCGCCAUAUCUCAUCGCGGUCCACGGAUUUGAAGAGGAGUCCAGGCUCGUGUCAAACCGAGCCUUCCUUCGUCACCUUCCGCGCAAGUCCAUUACAGCAGCUCAUUAGGUCUGCGAUACACGCUGCGACUUUUGGUGUCGCAUACAUCGUUAUGUUGCUCGCUAUGUACUUUAACGGAUAUAUCAUCAUCUCGAUUAUUAUCGGCUCGUUUAUCGGUAAAUUCUUGUGCGAUUGGCUGGUGCUGAAGAUCCAAGUUGGUGCUGGAGUUCCCAAGCCAGGCCCUGACAAUGUUGUCGAAGAGGCGACUGUCUGCUGUGGGUAG